AUGCCGGGAUUGAGGAGAUACGAGGUGGCGCUGGAGGCGGAGGAGGAGAUCUACUGGGGCUGCUUCUACUUUUUCCCGUGGCUGCGCAUGUGGCGGAGGGAGCGGAGCUCUGCACACCCCCGGGAGCCGAAGCUGGAGCCUCUGCGGGGCCUGAUGAGCUGCCUGUCGAGCGGCCUGGGCCCUGUCCCCCAGCGCUCCGGUCUCGCCCUCCCCCGCCGCACGCCCGCCGCCACUGCCCAGCCCGCCAGUGCAUUAAAGGUUUAA